GUUUCGGUUGUUUGUUUUACUGCCGAACUCGAUGAAUAAAUUGAUUCACAGUAGUCACAUGACCAAGCGAGUGUGUGCAGGUGUGUUGGAAGUGCGACUUUAUGUUGUUCGAGUUAUUGACCUUAGUGGUGUCUAGAAUAUUACAAUAAUCUAGUGUUAUUUGCUGUGGAAACCCGCUUACAACCAAUAGGGACCUUAAGCAUAGACGACGAAGAAGAAGACGACGACGAAUAGUACCGCGUGAAGACUGGGACGGAACGGUCCGUUCACGGUGCGAAAACGGCGGGAAAUCCGAAACUUAAGCUUCGCUCGACGAGAACGUGAACGUAAACAAAAAAUCAUAGCACAGUAAAUCAAUUUUUCGUCGAGAUGGUUUCUUUUCACGAGCUUCAAGAACUUUUUCUCUUUAGUCACGCUCAAGGCAUUUUAGAUGAUGAAGAACUCUUCUUGUUGUAUCAGGAAUACUCGCCAAAAAAUCCUGAUUUUUGCUAUGAGAAUUUUGGAAGGUUUUCUCUGGAAGAUAUGAACGAUGCAGAGUGUUUGGCAGAAUUUAGAUUCAGGAAGCACGACCUUUCACUUCUUGCCGAAGUCCUUCAAAUACCAGACAGCUUUACGUGUUACCAAAGAACCGUAUCAAGUGGAAUGGAAGCGCUUUGUAUUCUUCUGAGAAGAUUAUCUUACCCCUGCAGAUUCAGUGAUAUCAUUCCACGAUUUGGUCGACCGGUUCCAGUGUUAAGCAUGGUUAGCAACCAGGUGCUUGACUACAUAUACGAUACACACGGUCACAGAAUCACUCAGUGGAAUCACCAAAUUCUCUCUCAGCCCUUGCUGCAACUGUAUAGUGACACUAUUGCUGCCCAGGGUUCUCCCUUGGACAAUUGUUUUGGAUUUGUUGACGGGACGGUUCGUCCAAUUUGCAGACCUGCAGAGCAUCAGAGAGCAGUCUAUAACGGCCACAAAAGAGUACAUGCUUUGAAGUUUCAGUGUGUUGCCCUUCCCAAUGGUCUGAUAGGUCAUCUAUAUGGCCCCGUAGAAGGAAGGAGGCAUGAUGCAGGCAUGCUGGCUGACUCAAGACUCCUUAAUGACCUACAAGCUUUUGCAAACUCUCCUUUGGGGAAUCCAUACUGCAUUUAUGGUGAUCCAGCAUACCCUUUAAGGGUACACCUUCAAGCCCCUUUCAGGGAUAGAGCCUUGACCCGUCAAAUGAUGGAUUUCAACCAGUCAAUGAGCAGUGUCAGAGAAUCAGUAGAGUGGCUAUUCAAUGAUGUCACUAACUACUUCAAGUUUUUGGACUUUAAAAAAAACUUAAAAAUUGGUCUCAGUAGUGUGGGUAAAAUGUAUGUGGUCAGUGCCCUACUUAGAAAUGCCCUCACAUGUCUCUAUGGAAAUCAGACAUCAAGUUUUUUUCAGCUGGAACCUCCUUCCUUAGAAGACUACUUUUCUUAAUAACCUUUUUUAAUUACUUUUUGUAGUAACUUUGUAACAUGGCGCCUGGGCAUUAUGUAUAAUAUGUAAAAUCACAGCAAAUGAGAAUUCAAAAUGUGGUUUAAUUUUACCAACAUGCUUUUUGUACACUGUUACACUAAUGCCAGAUUCACACUAUCUGCAAAAAAAUGCCAACACAACA